AUGUUGUGGCAGCAGAUCCUAAAGAACAAAAAUUUCUUUUAAUAAAUAUAUCAAUAGCAAAAUUAAUUAAAAAGAAACAUCUUACUUAGUAAUUUUAAAAGUCUAAUUAUUAUUAUGAUUCAUAAAAUCAAUCUUAUCAUAUUAUUUAUUAAAUUAAUUGUCUUACAUAAGGACAAGGUGAUUAUGAAGAUAAUGUUAAUUAAGAAUACAGAAGAAAAUGGAUGA